UGAAUCUCUGAAUAUGCCUCCUAUCUUAUAAAGGCUGGUCGAUCCCUCACGAUAACCACGAUAUCGAUCAUGGCCUCCAGUAAUCAGAACCAAAAGUUCACUCUUCCCCAUAUUCCAGAGCUAUACGAUCCCAAUUAUCUCGACCUCCUCUUACCUCCUGCAAGUGAAUCCUCUACAAAAGACGUGCAAGAUGUCCCGGUGGUCCCCAUAAAUCAAAUGAUCGAUGCUCUCGAAUCUACCGCACACCAUACCAGAACUGAAAACUCAGCCAUGGCUUAUGACUCUACGCUUUCAGCCACCCUCGACGCCUUCAACGGUCUCAAUUCUUACACGAGUGGUGACGAUCUUGGGAACCUCCUGAAAAACUCGUGGAAGGAGGACGCUUCCUUGACUCUCCGCCUUAUAUGGCAACAGCGAAGCAUUCACGAAGGAAAAUCUGAGAAGGAGGGGUUCUACCGAGCUUUUGGGUGGUUGUACAAGAAUCACCCUCGAACGGCAAUCGCGAAUCUCUCCAUGCUCGUUUCCCCCAGUUGUCCCCCCGGUAAAGCACACCCUGAUCAGGUCUGCUCUCAUGGCUAUUGGAAGGACCUCCUUAACAUCCUUGCACUUGCUGUUGACGACCAACUUGAUGAUCCCAGUCCUGCUUUCUUCACCCGUCCUAAGCUACCGUACACAUAUCCAGAUCGCAAAAACAGAAAGAAAGCUGAAGCGGGUGUCCAUGAGCGUCAUAACGCUCAACAACAGGCUCGAGCGCAGGAAAAGCGCGCCCAAGAAAGCGAGACGAAGCAAGCAAAAGUCCUCAAAAAGCUCAACGACCCAAAAUACCGGGCGCUGUAUGUCACAGUUGCCCGACUGUUUGCAAAAAAGCUGGCAGAGGACCUGCGCGCCCUGGACGAAAUCAACAAACUUCCUCCAAAGGACCAGCGUGUGAAAGAGCUGCUGUACAAAAUCUCUCUUGCAGGGAAAUGGGCACCAACUCCAGGUGCCUCUCACGACCGUCACACCAAUAUUACCUCUGCGAUCAUUCUUCUCCUCCAUCAUUCCCGAGCUUCCCUGCCCAUAAACUUUCCCCGAUCUGUUGAAAACUUCUCCAGUACCUCCUCCUCUCCGACCGAGAUUGAGUCUGCACUCUCUAUACUACGUUCAUACUUUCAGCGGUGGGUCUUGACCCCCCUGCGCGCGGUCGCACAAGUCCCAGAACCCCUCAUGGCCGGAAAUAAGUGGUCAUCUAUCAAAUACAACCGUGUCCCGUCCGUUUGCAUGAAGAACAAUAUGGAGCGAUUUUUCCAGCACGACCAGGCCGGAUUUGAGAAGUAUAUCGUUGCCGUAGAGUCUGGGAAAAAACAGAUCAGCGGUGCUACUCUACUCCCUCACCAACUUGUUCACAAAGCUAUCGAACUUGGCGAUCGCAUGAAAAAUAGACGUGAUUUGCCGGAAUCGACCAGCGCGAAGAUGAAGGUACAGGAGUUAAAAGCGGGCCUGGCCCAGACGCAGAUGAGGGUUAUUGAGCAGCAGUGGAACACUCUAAUUGCUAGGUUACGCGAAUCGGGCUCUAUCGACAAUGCGAUUGCUAUAUGCGAUGUAUCUGGCUCGAUGGGGUAUGCUCACGGUGGUUCCACCAAAGCCAAGCAUGUUCCGCCCAUCCUACCAGCUCUCGCCUUGUCCCUCGUUCUUGCUCAAAUUGCCAAACCUCCCUUCGACAGGGGAUUCAUCACGUUUUCUCAGGACCCCCACUACGUGAAGCUUGAUAAGGACCUUGGACUCUAUGAUUCGUUACGGAAGAUGGAAACAUCGGAAUGGGGCAUGAAUACGGAUUUCGAGGCCGUGUUCUUGAAAUUGAUCUUACCCCUCGCGGUGAAGAACAACAUACCGAAGGAGGACAUGAUCAAGCGGCUCUUUGUCUUCUCAGAUAUGCAGUUUGAUGUGGCGAGUGGGCAGGGGUCCGGAGUGUGGGAAACCAACUAUGAUACAGUCAAAAAGCAUUUUGAGGAGGCUGGAUACGAGAUGCCUCAGAUUGUAUAUUGGGAUCUGGCAGCACACGGUACGGUGGAGGUGCAGGGUGAUAGAGAAGGGGUGGCCAUGAUGAAUGGGUUCUCCGCGAAUAUGAUGAAGGUUUUUAUGGGUGGGGAAGAGGAGGAGGGCGACUGGACGAAAGUCGCAAGGGAGGAAAAGGACGAGGAGGAGGACAAGUUCGAUCCAAUCACGGUCAUGAAGAAGGCGGUGAUGAGGAAGAGCUUUGAGGGAUUGGUUGUGUUGGACUGAGGAAUUUUGUACGUUAUAAUAUUAUUUUUGCAUCCUCCUGGCAAUGGUGUAUUUGUAGGCAUUGUCUUCACUUUCAUGGAUUUGAGAAUCAUAUCUCUAAACCCUUUUAAUAGCAAGAUUUUAUUCAGAAUUGCACCAUUCUUUGCGUGUCCAUUCGUGACAGGCCAGUCUCCGUGUACCCAGAAAUUACGGUUGGGGAAUCCCAAUGCAAUUGGACCAGGGUUGAUAUUAGUUGGCCUUCAAGACUCUCCCAGAAGUCCAGUCCAUACUUUUCAGGCUCAAGGGUGGCAUUGAGCGCUUCGAUGCGACUGACAUUGUUUGGAAAUGAAAAGAUGCCGUCUGGUCCAAUAUCCAAAGCAGAAAGAGAGAGGAUUGGAGGCGCUCUGUCUCCUCCAAGGACGAGCGGAGUAAUGGCAUGAUUAGAGGACUUGACGGCGAGGGUGGAAAGUGCGAGAGCGAGUUGGGUUGAGGAGAGAUCGUUCGGCGAAUCGUUCGGUCGGUACUCUUUUACCUCUCCGCUCAUUGAGACGAGGUUCUACGUUGAUUCUUUUCGCGCCAGCAGAAGAGAAAACAAAAAACCCAUUCGAUAUGCGCUUAUCCCGGGGAGGUUCUCCAAGAAUGAAGAACCCAUUGCUAACCUAGGAUAAUUGGCGUCAUCACAAGGACCCACAAACAAUUGUAAUGUUAUAACGGCGCGCACCUUUGCGGUAACGAUUCCGGUGAUGUUAAUUAGUAACAUUCUGGCCAAGGAUGGGUGACUGCCAGGAAGGGCCUUCUGUGAGAGUAAAGGCAGAGGAAGUAGAUUGUUUGGCUGCCGUUGUGACGCUCGACCAGAACAGCAGAGAGAAAACCCAAUGCACGAACGUGGUGUAAUAGACUUGAAGGGUUGGGAGGAAUGAAGUUCUAAGAUCGAAAGUACCGCC